AUCAUAAUAUUACCAGUGUUGAGUGAUUGUGAACAAGUCACAUAUUUCUGUCAAAUAUGUAAUAUUUUUUUUUUUAUAAAAACAAAGUGGAAGUAAUUGAAGUAUUUAAGUGAAGUCCAUUUAUGCAAAAAAUAUUAUUAUGCCGGAUUAUGAAGUUAAUCAGGUUGUUAACACGAGAAUUUAUUCGUAGUGAAGAACUCAAUAAAAUGCAUUUUCAUCGCACAUAACCUAUCAGUGUAAUUAGAUAAACAAAUAUCUCGAUUUUGUUUCGCAGUUUGUUCAGUUACAUUAUCUAUUUAGAGUUGUAGUAUUUUAUUUAUUAUGUAAUAUGUGUGUAAAUAAUGGAGGUGACAAAUAUUCGAAAUCUCGUUAGAGAUUUGGACUUGACCCUUCAACCACGGACAGCUCCACGUUAUAAAGUUUGGUUGCCUCUUGCUACCCAACAGUUACGCUUCAGGAAUUUGAUACAAAUAAUUGGAUAUAAUUUAAAUAAAAAUGACAAAUGCAAAGUGUGUUGGUUUUAUUACACUAUUCAUAGAUCAUGUAUGUCUUCUCCUUUAUAUACAAGUGAGCCGAUAGAUAAUUCAAGUCCACGAUGGGAGAGCCUAGAAGUGCCUAUUCUUCAUGCCACAGGACAUUCUACAUCUAGUGAAAUAAUUCUAAGACUAUGGAGACGUACAAAAACAGGUGGUUGCUAUUCAGAUGUAACUCUAUUCACAUGGGGAAUAUCAUUUACUGGAUUAGAAUAUAUUGGAACGAAACUUCCGAACAAAUUGGAGACCGUCCUCCGUGAUAAUUCUCUUAUAUUCAAAAUUCAAGGCGGUUAUUUUGCACCUGCUUUUUGUUUUCUAAAUCAACCACAAUUAAAAAGAUACAUUCAUAUCAAUGUAAAUUCUAAUGAAAUAAGAGACAGUUACAGUGUUAAUAAACUACGUAGUUUAAGAAGUAAAAUGCAGGCAUUAAAACAACAAUCUGAUUCAGUUCAAGCGCUUAGGGAGAAAAUUGCUUCUGGUGAAAGUGUACAAACGCCAAAAUUUGCUCAGACCACUUUAAAUAGAUUAUUGCAACCAAAAAAAGUGAAUAAAGAAAAGAAAAUUGAGAUUAUGAAUAUACGUAAGGAAUUAGAAAUGGCAAAAUUUAGAGCCAGAUUACUUGAACAAGAGAGAGUGAGAAAAAUGGGACAAGUACGAGCAUUAAAUCAGUUACAUUUGGAUAUUACUGAUGAAAAUCAAGAUCACGGUUCGGAUUUAAUGGAACGUUAUCGUGAACUUAAAAAAGAUAUGGAGAGACUACAAGAGUGGCGUCAAAAUCACAUAGACGUAAGAGAAACUUUUCUUCAAACAACUGCUAGACUUACGCAUCGUCGAAGACAAAUAAUUGCUGAAUUAAAUUUAAUAUAUCCGAUAAAUCAAGAAACAAAUGGAAUAUUCAGGAUAAAUAAUGUAUUUUUACCAGACAGUGAAAAUUUGGAAUCGACAAACGAUACCGAUAUAGCGGUAGCAUUGGGUUUUGUUGCUCACACAACACAAAUGAUUGCAAAUUUUCUCAAUGUACCACUUAGAUAUCCUAUUGUACAUUAUGGUUCACGAAGUAAAAUUAUUGAUCAUAUAACAGAAAGUCUUCCCGACACUGAUAGACAGUUUCCAUUGUUUGCACGAAGUAAAGACAAAUUACAGUUUCAUUAUGCAGUUUAUCUUUUAAAUAAAAAUAUUGCCCAACUUCGAUGGUACUGUGGUCUUUCUACCGCUGAUCUACGCGCUACUUUACCAAACCUUGCAAGUUUAAUUAAUUCAAGAUCAAAUCAGACAUUAGACAGUUCGAAGAGAACAUUUUCUGGUUCAUCGUUAGAUGCGGAAAUAACAACAAUUAAACCAUUAACUCCACCGAUACAGAAAAUAUUAUUUGAAAAAUGUCACAGAACAACACGAUCAAUGAGUCAAUUGAAAACAUCAAAAGUUUUAUUGGGCGCAUCUCUUGAUCAAGGUUUGGAUAAGCCAAUUCAAUCGCUAGAUCUUAAUAUUCAAUCGAAACGUAUUUGUAAAUCAGAAGAAAGUGCCAUUGAUAGUAAAACAUUAACAUUACCAACUAGAGAUACGCCUAGUGUUAGUAGUAAUGAAACAUUGAAUGAAACUAUUUUUCAUAAUGUAACAGAAAGAAAUAGUGGUUGUCAAAGUUUUUUUCAAAAAUUUACAAAUGACAAUUUUAUCGAAAAUAGUAUUGAAAUUAGUAUACCAACAUCAAUAUCGAAGCCAAAGACUAAUUCUGAUAAUGAUGAGUGUUCAACUGCUCGACAAAGAAGUUCAAAUUCAAUAAGCAGCUGUGAAAUGGCUUUGAGUUGUAAUCAAAUUGACGGUGAAGAAAGUUCAAAUGAUACAUCGACAAAACAUAGUGAUCAAUUUGAAUUUAAUUCGGCAAAUAAUGAAUCCGAAAUAAUGAGUCAUUCAUUUUCAGAAAAUGAUAAUAAUAAUCCAUUUUUUCGUCAAAGAUCGCCGUGUGAAAAUUUAUCAAUUAUGGAUAAAACAAAAAUUGCGGACAAUGUUGAUUGUGACGUGACAUUUCCAUUAUUGAAAAGCGGACAUUCCAAAGAUGUUACAGAUUGUAGUUUAUCGUUAGAUGAAAUUGUUGAUUAUUCUGAGAAAACGGAGCCAAAACAAAGAGCAAUAUCACUUUGCAGUGAACCUGAUGAGGGAUUCAUGUCAGCUAAAAAUAUGACUCGAAAAAGAUAUGAUUCGGAAUCAAGGCAGGAUCAGGAAGAAACACAAGUACUUGUUGAAAAUUGGCAUAAAAGUACUAUUCCUGUUGCCUCUGGAGAGACUAAGACUGACAUUUCCGUAAAGGAACUGUUGAAAGAAACUCAGCUGUGUCUUUUUCAAACUAAAAAGGAAGAUAACAUAGCCAAAGAUUUUCAAACUUCUACCGAAUAUAUAAAUUCGAUCAGAAAAAGUUCGGAGAAUGUCUUUGCUCGAACAGAAGCAUUAGCUAAUAAAAAGGCUAGUUUCAAAGUAAUGAGAACACGUUUGCAAUAAUUUACACAAUUUACUUUUUUUUUAAAAAGGGAUUUUUUAGAUUAAUUUUACCGUCUGGAUAAAUUGCUAUAUUUUGCUUAAAAAAAAAAAAUUAUGCUCAAUUGCUUGAAACGGUGGAAAAAAAAUUUGUAAAUUACGUCGUACCUAUUAUGUUUUUUAUUCAAAUUAUAUCAAGACUCGUAAUUAUAUCGUGAUAUUAAGUAUUUCAAUAUUAAAUAUUUAAAAAAAAAAAAA